CAGGCGCCAACGGAACCGAGUCCCCGAGACCCCUCUCCAAAGUCCGCACCAACUUCGUUGCCAUUGAAAAGGACGGCAGGAUAGGCCUGCGACGGGAUCCCAGCCACGAGUCCACCGUCUCGAGGCAGAGUUUAAGCAUGGAUACGGAUGCCGAUUCCACCACGAGCGGCCCUGAUCGGCCUCUGGUGACUGCAGAUGAAGUGCCCAGGGCAACCAAGCUAUUCGUCCAGGAGACAAUCCCCGAGUCGCCUCGUCAACCGCCAGUCACCAAACCCGCAGCCGAAGACGAUGCCUCCGUCUUUGACAAACGCAGCGUCAGUCCAGCUAAGGAUGCUGGGUCUCUCUUUGGCAAGCGCAGCGCAAGCCCGGUUAAAGAAGCUGGUGCGGUCUCUGACAAGCGCAACCCCAGUCCAGCCAAAGAAGCCGGUUCUGUCUUUCCCAAGCGCAGCGUUAGCCCAGCCAAGAAGGUCGACCAAGUGAAGCCGGUGGCUCCCGUGGCGGCCCCGUUGCCCGUUGAACCCGCUGCGAAGUCAAUUGCAACCGCCACGAAGCCAAUUGAACCCGCCCCGAAGUCGCCAACAAAGGUGCCGAAAUCGACACCAGCCCACACGCCUGUGAAUGGCAAAGUCAAGACCGAAAAACCGAAAGAAGUUGCCAAAGAAACUCCCUCAACAGCACCAGCGAAGACGGCUGGUGCCAAAAAGCCUACGACUCGCCCUGCUGCAAUCUCGACUAAGCCUUCCUCCACUAGGCCACCAGCAAAGUCUCCUUCUGUAGCCAAGACCCCCACAAGUGCGACGUCGAAGCCCGGCUCCAAUGCGGCCCCCAAGGCUCAUGUCAAGCCUGCCGCAAAGAAGGAGCCGAUGACAUCCAGGACCGGUUCUUCUGUCGCUCGGCCUACUGCUAGCACUGCUACUAAGAAGCCGCAACCAUUGAAGCCCUCAACCAGCGAAACUGGCUUCGUCAAACCUAAACCCAAGUCUCCUACAAAGCCUGUCCACCUCCCGGCCUCGCUCACGGCUCCCACCGCAUCAUCGGUCUCCAAGGGAGCGUCCUCACGACAGACACAAUUGCGCCCGUCCAGCAGCGUCGGCAAUCUCAACCCCCCGGCACGCUCCCCCAGCAGGGCAAGCGUCUCAACCACGACAAGCACAGGUGGCAAAACCGUCAAGCGCAAGAACUCGACCAUCGGCCGCUCAAGACCUAGCCUAGGUCCACCUCCAAAGAAGGGAAACUCUGAUACUUACCCCCCUAAGAAGGAUGCACCCGUUGACGAAAGUUUCCUGGCGCGCAUGAUGCGACCCACGCAGUCCUCAUCAUCCAAGACGACGGAAAAAGCUCCAGUUACUCCUCCGAGAAAAUCGUCGAAUCGCCCAUCACUCUCGGGAUCUGACCAACAGCGAGAGACCCACUCGAGACUAGGAAGUGCUAAGAAACCUUCGAGAAGGCAAGCCGAGUCAUCUGUGCCAUCGGAUUACGCUCCGUCCAAGGAGAUGAGCCUUUCGCCAGUUAUCAGAGUUUCCGCCGCCCCUGCGCCGGAGCCCAUCGCAGAGGCAGCCCUUGAGCAGGUCCCUGAGCCUACGGAAGCCGGCAGCACCGAAGAGCCAACCGAGGAGGCUGAUCUGAACCCAAGGCCGGAUCUGAAAGAGACUACCGAGAACGCUGCGGCUGUUGAAGAUAUUGUGGAAGAGACUGCCAAUGAUGAAACUGUCGAAGAAGCCGUCGAGCCUAUGCAACAUGAGGAUGUCCAAGCCGAGGUCAAAGUCGAGGGACCGGUCGUGGAGGUUGAACAAGACGAGCCGGCAGCAGAAGAGCCGAAGGUGGAAGACAACGCUGUGGAGGCCACUGAAGUUGAAGCUGUGACCGAGACUGUGAUUGGCGCCAAGACUGAAGAGUCAACUGCAUUUGCCGAGCCCGAGCCUACGGUUCAAGAAUCAAAGAAGACCGAGGAUACUCCCGUGCUCGAAGAUGAGCCCGUUAUCGCCGAGCUGGCUCCUCCCGCAGUGACCGAAACUGUCGAGGAACAGCCUAACGACACCGAAAUCAAAGUCGAGGCUGUCACUGUUAAUGGAUCCCCGAUCCCCGAUGCCGGAAAAGAGGUGGAUAUCAUUGUGAAGGGAACCAAUGAGGAAGCUAAAAAGGAAGAUGCAGAGAGCGUCUCCAAGGAGGACUCGGCUGCAUGAUAGAUUUGUGGCAGAUUGAUACUAACUAACAAAGCCAUGCAGGCGGUGGAUAUUUUUUUUUUUAAGUUAUUUGUAUAAGAUACCUGUUAAAGCGAAGGCGAAUGGUGAAUUUAACUACCUUAGACUGGGAACCUGAUAACCACAUUAUCAAGUGCA